AUGGGGUUUUUAAAAGGAAUCCAGGGUUUCUUUCACUCUAUCACCACAAAUGACCAUUACGCUUCCUAUGACGCGUCGGAACCGAGCAAUCUCGGAGCAGCUCCGGGACACGAGUCGUCGCAAUCCAUUUCGAUGCUGGACAACACUUCGUCGACAUCUCUAGCCCAGAAUAGCAGAUCAGCCAGAAACUCGACCACCAGCAGGCCAGUUCAGUACCGUCCCGGAAUGCGUUCACAGCUAAACGGAAACGAUAUCCAGAUGCAAGACUACAUUGAAGGCCAACCGCCUUUACCCUCGGUUGCUUCUGUAUGGGAUAGGUUGGACAAGUGGAUGGAGAGGGAAUUCCCGGAAUUGGGAGAUGACAUGGAGAACGGAGCGACUGUUAACGAUUUAAACGCUUUUGAAAAAGACCUGAACAUUUCUCUACCGUUUGACGUGAGAGAGUCGUAUCAAAUUCACGACGGCCAGCUCACCCUAGGGAAAAAGCGUGGCCUUAUUUAUGGAUAUCCUUUGCUUGACCUGGAAAGCAUUGCUGCAGAGGUCAACAUUUGGAGGAAAGUCGGCGAUAGAUUACAAAGAACUACAGAGCAUUUUACCAGUGAGCAAAUCUUGCUCGAAUCUCAAAACAAGUCGGAGGGCAGCAGCCAUUUCCAACAGCAGAAGGCCAAGCAUUUUCAUUUCCUAGACUCUCAGAAGUCGGUUCCAAAGGGAGCCGUGCAAGAGGUGUACUACCACAAUCAAUGGAUUCCGUUAGUGAAAGACAAUGAGGGGAACAAUAUUGCCCUGGAUCUUGCUCCGGGACCAAGAGGCAGAUGGGGACAGAUCAUUCUUUUUGGCCGCGACUUCGACACCAAAUUCGUUGUCGCCUCGUGCUUUACCGAGUUUUUGCUCAAUCUCGCCGACGAUCUGGAGGAUGGAAAGUUCUAUAUUGACGAGAUGGACGAAGAUCUGGUGUACACCGAAAACGGAAAGACGUACUCGUACUUUGACGUGCUGAAAUUUCGCUCAUUGGCUUUGGCAAAGAGCAUGGUGGGAUCGCGACUACCUGUUGGAAAGAGCGGAUCCAGUGUUUCGUUGGUGGCUUCACCACGGAUUUCCCAGACCAAUUUGUCGAAACAAUAUGCUCCACCUCUUAAUGACAGCUUUGUCGUUGAGGACGAGGACCCGGUGAUUCCAGCAGAAGACGUUAUCAAGCCCCAGACACAGCCUGAUCUCCUGGCCGACGACUUGAAAGAGGUCGACUUGGCCCAGCAGGGCGAGAAGACCGAAACAGUGAAAGAGACGGAAAUUAAGCCUGAACUAACAGAGGAACCAAACCAGACGGAGACUCGGCCCGAAGUCUCUGAACCAGCAACUGUGACAGAGGCUGCUUCCGAGUCAGUCGACCCUGUUGUUGCUCAGCCGGAAGCUGGCAAUGUCGAAACCGAGCCUGCUGCUCCAGAAAAGCAGACUGAGGAAAACAAGGCCUCUGAAAACGGUUUCACCGAAGCAGAUGCCGAGGAUUCCAAGUCAGAGACAGAGGACACCGAGAAGGACGCUACGGAGGACACUACUGAUGCCCCUGUUGCAGCUGCUGGGCCCUCGGCUACCAAGUCAAAGUCUCGUAAGAAGAAGGGUAAGAAAGGUAAGAAAUAA